AUGGAUGACCAAUGCAAGGUGUGGUUUAUCACAGGCACGUCGACGGGUUUCGGCAAGAUAUUGGUGUCGCUGGUAUUAUCCCGCGGCGACCGUGUGGUCGCCACAGUUCGCAACUUGGAAGACUUCACGCUGACAGACGUAGAUCGUUCGCGACUUCACGUAAUGAUACUUGACGUCACCGAAUCGGAGGAUGAAGUCAAAGUCAAAGCACAGGAAGCCAUCGGAGUUUGGGGGCACGUAGAUUUUGUCGUCAAUAAUGCGGGCGUCACGCUACCUUGCGUGCUCGAAGAAGGGGGGUCGAAGGCGGCACUGGCACAAUUUCAAACGAAUGUGUUUGGGGUGAUGAAUGUGACCAAUGCAUUCCUUCCGCACAUGCGGGACAGGCGGUCUGGAACAAUUAUACAGAUGGGCAGCCGCUCCGUCUGGAAAGCAGACACUCGACUGCUGGGGAUGUAUGCAGCCUCCAAGGCAGCAGUACACGCGUACACGGAGACCCUAGCCGCAGAGCUCGUCGAAUUCGGAAUACGUGUUCUGCUAGUUGUUCCUGGGCUCUUUCGCACGGCCACCAGGACCGCCGACUUUGCCUACGAGCGGCUCCCCGCAUACGAUUCCCUGCGUGAUGGGGACGAAGCGAUGCUCCGCCAGGCAUGGAGGCACAUCACGGGAGACCCAAGGAAAGCUAUGGAACUCGUCGUGGAUGUUGUGCGUGGCGAGGGGAAGGCUGAGGGGAAGGACUUCCCCCUGUGGCUCAUCCUGGGCAGGGCAACGCACGCCCACCUUCGAGCACAUUGCGACACGCUGAGACGAUCUAUGGACACAUGGGUGGAUGUAGCAAGGGAUUUGGAUUUUGACGAGGCUGGUGACGCGUAA